AAACGACGUAUGAGGCUCUGGGUGAUCGUCGGCGCCCUGGCGGUGGCGAUCAACGCCUCCAUCCCCGAAAUCGCCAGGAACAAGAAACGAGGCAGAGGAUCCAUGUGGUGGGGAAUCGCGAAGGCUGGCGAGCCAAACAAUUUUUUGCCGAUGUCCCCGGCCUCCCUGCACAUGGACCCGACGGUUUACGCGACCUUGAGGAGAAAGCAGAGGAAACUGGCCAGGGAAAACCCGGGGGUGCUGAUGGCGGUCGCCAGGGGCGCGAACCAGGCGAUCGCGGAGUGCCAGCAUCAGUUUCGUAACCGUCGAUGGAACUGCUCCACCAAGAAUUUCCUCCGUGGGAAAAAUCUCUUUGGCAAGAUCGUCGACAGAGGUUUUCGCGAGACCGCCUUCAUCUACGCCAUCACGAGCGCGGCGGUGACUCACAGCAUCGCGAGAGCGUGCAGCGAGGGCAGCAUCCAGUCGUGUUCUUGCGACUAUACCCACCAAUCGCGCGCACCAUCCGCGUCGCGGGACUGGGAAUGGGGUGGCUGUUCGGACAACAUCGGCUACGGCUUCAAGUUCUCCCGCGAGUUCGUCGAUACGGGCGAGCGCGGGCGUAACCUGCGCGAGAAGAUGAACCUGCACAACAACGAGGCAGGCAGAGCGCACGUGUCAUCCGAGAUGAGGGAGGAGUGCAAGUGCCACGGUAUGUCCGGCUCGUGCACGGUGAAGACUUGCUGGAUGAGGCUGCCCAACUUCCGCGUGGUGGGUGACAACCUGAAGGACCGUUUCGACGGGGCGUCGCAAGUGAUGGUCAGCAACUCGGACCGCGUACGUGGAAACGGAAACGCAAUUGUCAGUAACUCAGCCAGCAACUCUGUUCACGGUCACAGAGACGGCCUGGGUCGUCGACACAGGUACAACUUCCAGCUGAAGCCCUACAACCCUGAACACAAGCCUCCAGGUCCUAAAGAUCUUGUUUACUUGGAACCAUCGCCGCUAUUCUGCGAGAAGAACCCAAAGUUGGGGAUUCUGGGCACUCAUGGCAGACAGUGCAACGGUACCAGCAUGGGUGUGGAUGGCUGCGACUUGAUGUGUUGCAGCAGGGGCUACAAGACCCAGGAGGUGACCGUCGUCGAGAGAUGCGCCUGUAUCUUCCACUGGUGCUGCGAGGUCAAGUGCCAGCUCUGUAGGUUCAAGAAGACUAUACACACGUGCCUCUAG